GUCACGUGUCCCCCGGGGACGGGCAGGAAGAGGCGCAGUUGGCUCCCGGGUCCGCUUGCGCCACCGGGAGGGCUCCGGCGGCCCGCCCGCCUUGCUUUCAGCGGCCGGUCCAGGCGGGGGAGCUCUAGCACAGGGCGGCCUUCUGCCUCGCCGUGGAGACUCUAUGGUCGCUGAGGGAAGCCGUGCUGGCCUAUCGCGCGCGGAGGCGCGGGAGUAGGGCGGGUUGGCGCUUGCGCAGUAGGGCGCGGUGGCGGUGGCCGGGAGCACGGUGAGGCAGGAGUGCGACCAGCGCGAGAGCCCGGGCCGCGAGCGCACAGCGGGACCCCUCGGCCGUUGCCAGAAUGCCAGGACUAAGCUGUAGAUUCUACCAGCAUAAAUUUCCAGAGGUGGAAGAUGUAGUGAUGGUCAAUGUUCGGUCCAUUGCUGAAAUGGGAGCCUACGUCAGCCUGCUGGAGUACAACAACAUUGAGGGCAUGAUCCUUCUCAGUGAGCUUUCCAGAAGACGUAUUCGUUCCAUAAACAAACUCAUCCGCAUCGGGCGGAAUGAAUGCGUUGUGGUCAUAAGAGUUGACAAAGAAAAAGGUUAUAUCGACUUGUCAAAAAGAAGAGUUUCUCCAGAGGAGGCAAUCAAAUGUGAAGACAAAUUCACAAAAUCAAAGACUGUUUAUAGCAUCCUUCGCCAUGUUGCUGAAGUCUUGGAGUACACUAAGGAUGAGCAGCUUGAGAGCCUGUUCCAGAGAACUGCCUGGGUAUUUGAUGACAAGUACAAAAGACCAGGAUAUGGUGCUUAUGACGCAUUCAAGCACGCAGUCUCAGACCCUGCAAUCCUGGAUAGCCUAGAUCUGACAGAGGAAGAGAGACGUGUAUUGAUUGACAAUAUUAACAGACGUCUGACACCGCAAGCAGUCAAAAUCCGAGCUGAUAUUGAGGUGGCCUGUUAUGGUUAUGAAGGCAUAGAUGCAGUAAAAGAAGCUUUGAGAGCAGGAUUGAACUGUUCCACAGAGAAUAUGCCCAUUAAAAUUAAUCUGAUAGCCCCUCCUCGUUAUGUGAUGACUACUACAACACUGGAGAGAACUGAAGGACUCUCUGUUCUGAAUCAAGCCAUGGCUGUAAUUAAAGAAAAAAUUGAGGAGAAGAGAGGAGUCUUUAAUGUGCAGAUGGAGCCCAAGGUGGUUACUGACACAGAUGAGACUGAGCUUGCAAGGCAGUUGGAAAGACUGGAGAGGGAAAAUGCUGAAGUGGAUGGGGAUGAUGAUGCUGAGGAAAUGGAAGCCAAAACUGAAGACUAAAUGUUCUGGAGUAUUUAGAAGAGAGACCAUAUGACAAAUUAGAGACCCUAUUGCAAACACUCUGGACUAAAUGUUUCCAGUAUUGAAAACUUCAAAUGCGAAUACUUGAAGUGUUUUCUGUUUUAAAAAGACCAAAAUGUAAAAGGCUCUUCUAGCUAAUAUGUGAUACAGCACCUUACAGAAAUUGAAUCCUUUGAACGGAAGGUGCCUAGUCAAAUUGAAGACACAGAUCUGGCCAGAAGGAGGUUGUCACCCCAUGCUGAACAUUUUCAUACAUCACAGUUCCUAAUUGGUGACUACAGCUCAGUGCAUUUGUUAAUGAUCUUUCCUGGGAGCACCAAAACCAAGUGAGCUGAACAGUUCUAUACAGAAUGUAUUUGAGCAAAUAUUCAAUAAAUUUGGGCUAUGUAACUCCAAGAAUUUUUUUUCCCCUCCUUUGUCACAUGGCCUAGAGUGGUAUGAAUGUAAAACCUGGAAGGGUAUGACCAGCAGGUGAUUCCCCUUUAACAGUGAAAGGGCUUUCUUUUGUUUGCUUUAAAUCAAGCCAAGAAGGAGUGGAACAAAAUGUUUUUCUUGCAAGUUUGUUGAUGCAGACUUGUUUAAAAGAGCGUUUCCUUUCUUUAUCAUCUGCAGUUAAGGACUGAGAACUUGAAAACUUUAAAAAUAACUUGUUAUCAUUCCAAUAAACAUAGCUGAUAACUGAAAAA